CGGUACAACGACAUCAUAUGAAUACACAUUUGACGCGGCUGUUUCUAUGUUGCUUUAACAAUAUUUACCAUACAGGAGUAUAUCAAUAACAUUCAUCCCCACCUUCCUCAUCUUCCUUAAUUCUGUGUCUUUAGGUAACCCCCAACCCCCCUCUACUACACUAGUAUCAUUCUCCUCCAUAUUCUCCAAUCUCUCUCGACUAAUUUUAUAAUCUCUCUUCUCUCUCUCUCUCUCUCGCUCCCUCUCCCUCAUCUCUCUCUAUCUCAAUCUCUCCUCUCUCGCUCUCUCUCUCUCUCGCUCUCUCUCUCUCUCUCUCUCUCUCUCUCUCUCUCUCUCUCCCUCCCCCUCCCCCUCCCUCUCCCUCUCCCUCUCCCUCAUCUCUCUCUCUCUAUCUCAAUCUCUCUCGACUAAUUUUAUAAUCUCUCCUCUCUCUCUCUCCGUCUCCCCCCCCCCUCUCUCUCUCUCUCUUUAGGCACUUGUUUAUUAUCCCCACAAUCAUAUAGAUAAUACUAUGACUGUCGUUCCUGCUAAUACCCUGCCGGUCGGAUAUCGCUUCCGACCGACUGAUGAAGAACUCAUCAAUCACUACCUGAGGUUGAAGAUCAACGGCUUUGAGAAAGAAGUUGCUGUAAUUCGUGAGGUUGAUAUUUGUAAAUGCGAGCCUUGGGAUUUGCCUGAUAUGUCUCUGGUCCAUUCAAUUGAUAAUGAGUGGUUCUUCUUCUGCCCCAAGGACCGGAAGUAUCAGAAUGGGCAACGAUCCAACAGAGCUACUGUGGCUGGGUACUGGAAAGCUACCGGCAAAGACAGGUUUAUAAAGUCAGGUAAAGGAAUGAAUGUGAUUGGGAGGAAAAAGACCCUAGUCUUUUAUACUGGUCGCGCUCCGAAAGGUAACAGGAGUCAUUGGGUAAUCCACGAGUAUUGUGCUACUGAUGAAGCUCUCAGCGGCAUGCAUCCUGGACAGGGUGCUUUUGUUCUGUGCCGUCUUUUUAAGAAGCAUGAUGGAAAGCAAGAUGAAAUGGGUGAGAACUCAAACUGUGAAGAAGUUGAGCAGAAUGUUUCAUCUCCUACUGUAGUUAAACCCUCACCUGAAGAUACCAUGUCAGAGCAAGAUACCCCAGUGUUGAGUAGACUGACAGGUGGUUUUGAAUCUAAUAACGGAACCCCUUUUAGUGUUGAUCAGUGUGGCUAUCCCAGCAAUAAAUGUAUUGGUGAGGAAGCCGAAAGUGACUUGUUAGGCAUGAUAUCUAUGCAGCCAAACCCAGACAUGGAGAAAUUGUUGGGAAAUUUUGGCCAAAUGCCAAAUAAUGAUGUCAAAUUUUUUCCAGAGGAUCCCAUGCAAGUGAUGCAAGAUUAUUAUCAGGGUUCUACACUUUUAGGCAGUGGCAAUGAUGGAGAUAUGGAUAUUGCACAGUUCCUUGAUGCAAUUUUAGCCAGUUCAGAUGAUCAUUCGUGUGAAGACUCUACCAGUCAUCCAAUAUCUGGUGUUGAUAAUGACAGCCCAAAGUACGUCAAUUGUUUGCCAAAGAUCUCUGCCAAGGAUAGUGGAUCAAGCAGUGACUCAGAUGUGGCACGAGUGUAUGACCAGCCUGAUCUAGGAGAUUAUCUUAACGAUGAAUUUCUGAAGGAGGCUCAGCAAUUUCCGUCUUUGAUGAUGAUAAGACCUACAAGGGAAGGUGUAUACCCUGAAUAUAGAAAUGAGCAAUCACAGAUAAAUUUGCAGUCCAUGCAAAAUAGACUGGAUGUUCCAUCUGAUGUUUCCUCUGCUAGUACUGGAAUUAAAAUAAGGUCUCGACAAUCAAAUAAUCAGCGUGCCCAAAAUCUAGUGUCUCAUGGAACUGCUCCAAGAAGAAUCCGUCUGCAAAUGAAGCUUCAGGUUGGGUCGACUCAUGGCUGCCUAGCUAAAAAUACGAGCCUUCCUGACGAAAAUAUGGAAGUGCCAAUCAUUGAGGGCAAUACAGAGCAGGCAGCUUCUCUCACUAGUACUACUUCAGAUGCUGUUUCUACAACGGAUGAGCAUGUAGAUUCCCUCUGGCAGGAUAAAGAAGUUUCUCAAGAACAGAGCAUGAACAUAAAGCCAAAAAGCGAUCUGCAAUUUCAAAUCAAAGCUCCCUCUAUAAUCACUAAGGCUCCUGUUCUGCGCUCUGUUCCAUCAGCACUCCAGAUUCACGGGAAAUUUCUUGCUAUUGGCAUGGCACUAGCAGCAGCAGUUGCCCUUUUGGGUUGCUUUGUAUUCUGAGGUCAUUCUGUUUUUUUCUGACAACUUAUAUUAUGUAUGUUUAAUUUGCUUAGUCAUAUGACAUUGUUGCUAAGAAGAGGAACAUCAACUUUAGGAGUGUUAUUUAGUGUGGAUAUGUAGUUGGAUCAUAGCUAAUGGAAUUCAGCUUCCUGCGUAGUGUAUAUACAAAUUAUUAUGUAGGCAGAUUUUGUUUUUGACGUCUCUGCUCAAGAGUUGCUAUGAAAAUACUUGAACUUGAUGUA